AUGUGGGGAUAUUCCGGAGGAUUCCUUGCUCUUCUUGAAGAAGAUGAUAUUGACUAUCAGGUAUACGCCAUUGAUCAACUUCUUGAAGUUGUCGAUCUCGAAUGGGCCCAAAUCGCUGACAAACUCGAUGUUAUUUUGAAACUCGCCAACGAUGCUUCAUUCCACUAUCACGAGAAGGCCGCUCUUCUUGCCUCAAAGACAUACUAUAGACUUGGUGAAUUUGCUGCCGCUGCCAAGUACUUAGUUAAGGCUGGACCAUUAUUCGACCCAACAGCAACAGACAACUUCACAAAUACUGUCAAAUCACAGCUCAUUUCUCAGGUCAGAGUUAAUGCUGAACAGAAGAAGGAGACUGAUGAAUCUACACUUGAAAUCAUUUACAAGAUUUUCGACAACAUGUUCGACAACAAGGACUACGCAGCCUUAUUCUGCCUUGCCCUUGAAACACGCCAGAACAAGUAUCUUUCUCGCUGCAUUGAGACUCUUCCAGAUCUUUUGCCAUAUGCGAUCACAACAGUCCUUAAGAACGUCCACGACUCACAGUAUCGCGCAGAAGUUCUGCAGGUAUUGGUUACCUUCCUUUCUGACUCUGUUGAUGAACAAGUUGCCAAGUUACAUCAAUUCUUGAAUAAUCCAGAAGCAGUUGCAGCCGUUAUCAUCACAUUGCUUGCUAUGGACAACUCAGAAUUAGCUUACCAGAUCGCAUUCGACCUUGCCGAAGAUGCAAGCCAGAAAUUCCGUAAUGAUGUUAUCCGUGAACUUGGCGAAGACGAAUUAGUUCUUCCAGUCAAAGACAUUCUCACAAGACUUACACCAUUACACCUCGAAUUACAGUUCCACUACCAGUAUUCGAAUGAAGAUACUUCACUGAUCGACGGCUUCAUCGAAAGUCUCGACACAAAGGUCUCUACAUCACACAACGCCGUUGUUACUCUUUUCGCAUACAUGAAUGCUCACUCCUCUCACGAUCAGUACUUCAGAGACCACACUGACUGGUUCUCCACACUUAACAAGUGGCCAAAGUUCUACUCAGUUGCAUCAGCCGGCUGUGUCCACAUCGGUAACCUUGUUGCUGCUAACACUAUUUUCAAGAACUACACGGACGCUAAAAGAGACUCCGAAGUCACUGGCGGUGCUCUUUACGCCAUUGGUUUAAUCCACGCAAACUACGCGAACGACAGCGAGAUCAUCAAUCUUGUCAACGGCUAUCUUAACAACGGCAAGCAGAUGUACAUCAUCUACGGUGCAUCUCUUGCUCUUGGCUUAAUCAAGAUCGGCAGCCAGGACCAACAUGACCUCGACAACCUUACAAACAAGUUAUUCAUGCCGGAUGUCCAACCAGAGUGUGGUGAAGCAUUUGCAUACGCUAUUGGCAUGAUCAACCUCGGCUCCGGUCCAUGCGACUUGUUAUCUAAGUUACUUGAAUUUGCUAAGGACUGCCCACACGAGAGGAUUGUCCGCGGCAUCUCCAUGGCACUUGGUCUUAUGUGCUACGGCAAAGAGCGUCAAGCAAACAUUGUUUACGAUGCAUUGAUCAACAGCCGUAACUCCGUUUUACGCGAAGGGGCUGCAUGGGUUCUUGCAUUUGCAUAUGUUGGCACAGGCGACAACGAGACUGCACAGAAACUUCUUCACAUUGCAGUUAGUGACACAAGUGGUGAUGUCCGCCGUGUUGCAUGCAUUGCUAUCGGUCUUCUCUUGUCUCGUCAGCCUGAGCGUGUUCCGGAGACACUUGGUCUUUUGGCCAUGUCAUACCACGCAUACUGCUGCUCCGGUGCUGCUCUUGCCAUUGGUCUUUCAUGCGCAGGCACAGGAAACAAAGAGUGCAUUGAGUUACUUAAACCAUUGCUUAAAGACAUGGAUCCACUUGUUCGCCAGAGUGCUACAAUUGGCAUGGCAAUGAUCCUUCAGCAGCAGAGUGAUGCCCAAGAGCCAUACUGCGCCGAAUUCCGUAAAUUCCUUCGCUCUAAGAUGAGGAAAGAGUCCGGUGAAAUGACAACAUUCUCCAUCGGUGCAGCAUACGGUAUCUUGAAUGCAACUGGCAGGAAAUCCAUCAUCUCAUGCAACUCUCUUCGCGGUGUCAACUCAAUGCUUUCCACAGUUGGUGCUGCAUUGUUCACCAACUACUACUACUUCAUUCCUUUGUCACUCAUGCUUUCACUUGCAUUCCACACGACAGCGAUGAUUCCAUUGGACAGAAACUUGAACAUCGUUGAGUGGCAGGUCAGAUGCAAGUCCAAACCAUCACUAUUUGCCGAUCCACCAACAUACGCGAAGGAGAAAGAUGUUGUCAAACUUGCCGACAAAGUUGAACUUUCUGUUGCUCGCGAACUUUCCAAGGACGAGAAGAAGGCUGCAGAAGAGAAAGAGAAAGAACAGCAGGAGAAGGAAGAUCUUCUUAAGAAUGAACCACAAGAAGAAAUCAUCACCAACCCAGCACGUGUUACAUUGGAGCAGAUCAAAUUCAUCGAUCCAACAUAUUCUAAAGAUUGGAGUCCAAUCAUAACUCCUUCACUUGGUUUCAUCAUGCUUAAGAAAGAAGGUGAACAAGAAAUGGAUCAAUAA